AUGGCCGUCUCGGUGCUGGCUGCUGCUGCGACGCAGACCUCUUCUUUAGACACGGCGAGCCAAUCCGGCUCCAACCAGUCGAGCCUUUCUUCGUCGCCUCGGCAAUAUCCCACCGACCUGACACACCCCAUAUUAGAAGAGGGCGAUGAGACCGAUAGCGAGGCCGUCAAUGAACCCGUCACUCCUGUGAGCGGCCGCCAGUCGCAGGACUUUGAGGCCCUCACAAACCAGGACGCGGCGCAGGACCAGCUUGCAGGCCACUUCCGCACCGCGGGGCCAGGCGCCACACCCGUCCCGAAGCCACCCCUUGCUGUUGAUACCGCCACCGUUCGGCCGCCAACCGCGCCCGGGAGUCCUGGGUCAACACUUUCCACUUCUCUGCCCGCGUCUACCCCUUUGACGCCCCGUACCGCACCUCCUUCCAGACGCUCGACGUUCGGCUCGAGUUCGAAUUUCAAACGGACCAUGUCUAGCUUUCUUCGCCGCGUAGGAUCACAAGCAGAGAAGCCGGCGCUCGGCCUCCCCGACUCGACGCAUAGCGCUACAAUGUCCACGCUGAAUCUUCCCGAAGCUGCCCAACGAAAGAUACCGACGCGGCGUUGGUCCAUGAAUAGGAGUUCAGCCACUACCCGCUCCAAUUCGCCGCCCUCCCCGAGCUCGCCGCUAGAGAUGGCUAUGAAGACGAGGGAAGAGGCUUCGAAGCCCACUGUGCCCGGGUCGGACGCCUUUUUCAAAAAGGAAAAGCGCAGGGCGACUGGCUUCUCGCUGCGCCCUCGAGCGACUCUAGCCAAUGGUAAUCGCGGCGGCCCUUCGAGGCAGGAACUGCAGCUCAGGAGGCGUGCGAGUAGCUUUGACUAUAAGAAACAGGAGGAUGCCGUGUCUGGGGACGCAGAAAAGGCAAUUCCCAUGGAAAGAUCACUGUGGGGCCUGCCUGCGGAGACGGGCACCGGCGUCAAAGCCCGCCGCAUGAGCUUGAGCUUGCCCGACGAUUUCACCGUCGAUGUGGCUGAGCUCACAGCCGAGUUUGAGUACCAACACAAGCUACUAGGCCGUCACGGAAAGCACCUGGGCAAGGGCGCAACGUCAAAGGUCACUCUGAUGGUGUCCAAGAACGGCGGCGAGUUGUAUGCUGUCAAGGAAUUCCGCGGCAAAUCAUCGAGCGAGACGAAGGAAGAGUACGAGAAGAAAAUCAAGUCCGAGUACACCCUUGCGAAGAGUCUGCACCAUCCCAACAUCGUGGAUACCGUACGGCUGUGCAUCGACCACGGGCGAUGGAACCAUGUCAUGGAGUAUUGCGAGGACGGCGACCUGUUUACGCUGGUGAACAAGAAGUAUCUCAAGGGCGAAGACAGGGAAAAGGACCGUCUUUGUAUAUUCAAGCAGCUGAUCAACGGCAUCCACUACCUGCACUCCAACGGCAUCGCGCACCGCGACAUCAAACUCGAGAAUCUGCUCAUCACCAAGGAAUGCCGGCUGAAAAUCACGGACUUUGGUGUCUCUGAGGUUUUUUCUGGGAUCCACCCGGGGCUUAGGGAGGCGGGCGGACAGUGCGGGAAGAACAUGGGCGAUGUGCGUCGCUGCGCGCCAGGCAUCUGCGGCAGUAUGCCCUACAUCUCACCCGAAGUGCUCAAGAAGUCGGGCGAUUACGACCCACGCGGCCUGGACGUCUGGAGCUCGGCCAUUGUGAUGGUGAAUCUCAUCUUUGGGGGCCCUCUAUGGCACAGGGCCGAAGUCAACAGCAAAGAAAGCGGGUCGAACUCGGAGACCUAUGCCAAACUCGUCCGCGGGUGGGAGAAGUGGAAUGGGAGCCAUGCGGACUCGGAGAUGGCCAUCACGGAAGUGGAUUAUCCCCACGUGUGGGUGUUUGACACGUUUGUCAAACCGCCGGCCCUGCGGCGAGUGCUCCUCCAAAUGCUCAACCCGGACCCGGACAAGCGGGCUACGAUCGCCCAGGUAGUCAACAACCGAUGGGUGAAGAACAUUGAGUGCUGCCAGUCGGACAGCUACGACGAGCCCAACGCGGCCACAAUGAUUGACGCCUCCAAGAAAGCGUGUCAGACGCGUGCGAGUGGGAAAAAGAUCUACUGCCACAACCACCUCCCUCCAAAAGAACACGGCACACACUCAUUAGGAAAGAUGCCAGGGAGCGCGGGCUACUGA